AUGAGUGAAGUAUACAAAUCAUGGUUCCAUUCAGGUGAACACCCACGAUUUAGCAAGUACAAGAACGCGGGAAGAGCUGCUGAGCAACAAGCACGGCGCAGGGAAGAUGCAAUCGAAAGACAGCGUAAUAGCCGCUUUGACCAUUUCAAUCACACGAGGAGACUAGCUGAAAAUGUGAGUGAUGAUGAGGUUGAAGUCGUCGAGCAGCUGAAGAUGGAUGGCGAAGAAGUGCCUCAAGAUCUACGGAAGAAGCACCACAAGUCGAGGUAUGCGGAUGAGCUGAUGCUCAGUGAAUGGCUCGUGGACAUUCCGGAACAGCUAUCAUCCGAAUGGAUGAUGGUGCCGUCGCCAGUUGGUAAACGGGUACUAGUAGUGGCAGCAAAGGGUGCCACAACUGCAUAUAACAAAGCCGGUAAAACCAUUACACAAUUCCGAUCUCGAUUACCAGGAGGAUCUGGGAAAGUCAAGUGGGCUAUUCCUAUU